UAGACUAGUUGAUUGAAACAGACCUUCCCUUGUCAAAAUCAAUAUUUGCCAAUUUAUGUCAAACAAAAAAAAAACAAACAUAGAAAAGUAGCAGAAAAUAAAACCUAGAGAAAAAAAAUGGACUGGGCAGUUGGAGGAAUAGACAUGUCAAUGACGAAAUAUGCUGGAACUGAGUGCAUGGAAUAUUUAAAUCCUACAUGGAAAAUUAUUGAAACCAUAUUAAUUCUAGUGACUUGCAUGUAUUCAAUUUACUGGAGCUACCCUCAAUGCACGCUCCCAAACCGACCUUACAAGGAAAAAGUCAGUAGUGGUAAAAAAAAAUUAUUAGCACUCAUCUGCCUUUGCUUUGGAAUGGAAAUCGCCUUCAAAUCAGCAACAAAAACAGGAAUAUACCUACUCAACCCCUGUCACAUUAUUACAGUGAUGCAAAUUUACUUAUUAACAGCUGCACCCAGUAAAACAGUCACUACAGUGUUCAGAAUGCAUUUGAAUUACUUAAAUGGACCAAUAUUGGCACUAGUGUUUUAUGAAACUGAAACUAGAUUGUUGCCACUUGAAGCUGCAGUAUAUUGGAUACAACAUUUAUUAAUACUUGUAGUACCCUAUUAUCUUCUACGAAUUGGAGGUGUUUACAAUACAGAAAACGCAAAAGAAGUACAUUGGAACGUAAUGGCCUAUAGUGUCUUCAUUAUUUAUAAUUUUACAAUCCUUCAAGCAGUAUCCGCUGCCACUAAUGUCAACCUGAACCAUGCUAUGUGUCCAAUAGAAGCAGACCCUUUUAGAAGCCAAUUGUACAGAACGGCAACUUUUCUCCACCAAGCCCUAAUCGGUCCAAUAGUGGGCAAAACCUAUGUUUACAUUACAGACUACUUUUUGACAAAAUUCAAAUAUACAAGAGUCAAAGUGAUACUAAAUGAAUAUGAUAACUAUAAAAUAAGCCAUAGUGAAUAAAAGUUGCUAAUCAAUAAAUAAAUAAAUAAAAUUAUAAUAAAUAUACUUCUUACCACUCCAGAACUAUUAUUAAUACAAUUCAUAUUGAUCCUAGAAAUAAAUUUAGCCAAGGGCGCUUCAUCUGGGUAACGGUCACCGCAUUCAAUUUUAACAGAAUACAUUCGAUUCUCGUAGGGACUGCGAGGGGGCCCAAUGAUCAUGCCCAUCCAGUGGGUGAGAGUCAUGUCAUCGUCAUUUUCCAGGCCCCAGCUGAUGGUACCGUCUGAGACGCCUUUUUGGCCCGCCUCUAGUUCUUCAAGAAGUCUGAAGUUUCUGGGAACAACUGAUAAAAACAUUAAUGAAAAUUUGGCCAAUAUAACAACUUUUACUGAGAAAUAAACUAAAGAAAUAUGUGCUUCUUAUAAGCUUUCUGAUUGGUUCUAUAUUGAGCUCAAUAAAGGCACCGUAUUCAAAUUAUUACAAAAGCUAACUUUAGACAGUCUGAAAAAAUGCCUAGGGUAAAAAAGAUAUUCA